GACACUCUCUAUGUCGCGAUUCGACUCUCGCCAUUCCCAAACGAGUGGACUCGGAUUACCACGAGCCGCACGAAGAGCCACACAGCUUGAGAAGCGCCCGCGCCCUCUCCGUCCAUGGCGACGACGAGCUUCUCCCCCUCCGCGGCCGUUCGAGCCCCCUCCGCCUCCUCGUUCGGUCCGCAUCUCGACCUCAGCCGCCGCAUCCGCCUCCCGCUGACACGCCCCCCUGCUCCGGCAGCUCGGUGGGGAGCGCGGCGGCACGUCGCCCCUUUUCGCCUCGCCGCCAGGAGGCUCUCCGUCCGCUGCGGCGCGCUCGUCCAGAUCGACCAGAGCGAGUUCCCGGCUGAGGUGCUGGGGUCUGAUAUCCCGGUCCUGGUGGAGUUCGUCGCCGAUUGGUGCGGGCCCUGCCGUUUGAUCUCAUCCGUCGUCGAGUGGGCUUCCCAGGAAUACAAGGGCAGAUUAAAGGUUGUGAAGAUCGAUCAUGAUGCAAAUCCUAAGUUGAUCACAGAGUACAAGGUUUAUGGCCUGCCAGCAUUGAUCCUCUUCAAGAAUGGGCAAGAAGUUCCAGAAAGUAGAAGGGAAGGUGCAAUCACCAAAGUCAAGCUGAAAGAAUACUUGGACAAUUUUUUGGAGCCCACAUCUGUAGUCUAAUCUCUUUCAAGCUCAAGUACACUGUUGAAUCUCGAUGACCCAGACAUCUGUAGUUCGUCUUGUAACUUCAUGUAAGCUGCAGCCUAUUGCUUGAGGCUUCAAAUGAGUCCAGGAAAAAGUUCCCUUCCUCUUGGAAAUGCAAGCUGGCCUCUUGUAAGACCAAAAUAUUUUUCUGUACACACCUAAUAAGAUUUGUACUGUAAUCUGCAGUUGUCUUUUGAUGGCAAUAUGUGGAUUAGUUGUAUUAAAUAUGAGCUUUGACAAUGUUGAGCUUUGUUCA